AGAACGACUGCAAACACGGCGAGGGAGGGGCGAAGCGCGGAGCGUGUGACGUCACCCGUGGUGUGUGCGUAACGUGAGCGGAAGCGGAAGCGGCUCUGUUCGCCGCCUCUCCCACCGGCCCGAUGAGCUGCAGCGGCUCCGGCGCGGACCCCGAGGCGGCGCCGGGCUCCGCUGCCUCGGCCCCGGGCCCGGCGCCCGCGGUCUCGGCCCCCGCAGCGUUGCCCGCUGGCACCGCUGCGGAGAAUAAGGCCAGCCCCGCGGGGACUGCAGGGGGACCUGGGGCUGGAGCUGCGGCAGGGGGCACGGGACCCGUGGCGGCGCGGGCCGGGGAGCCGGCCGAACGGCGCGGGGCGGCUCCGGUGUCGGCUGGUGGAGCGGCGCCCCCGGAGGGGGCCAUGUCUAACGGGGUUUAUGUACUGCCGAGCGCGGCCAACGGAGACGUGAAGCCGGUGGUGUCCAGCACGCCUCUGGUGGAUUUCCUGAUGCAGCUGGAGGAUUAUACGCCUACGAUCCCAGACGCAGUGACUGGUUACUACCUGAACCGUGCUGGCUUUGAGGCUUCGGACCCACGCAUAAUUCGGCUCAUCUCCCUAGCUGCCCAGAAAUUCAUCUCAGAUAUUGCCAACGAUGCCCUACAGCACUGCAAAAUGAAGGGCACAGCUUCUGGCAGCUCCCGAAGCAAGAGCAAGGACCGCAAGUACACUCUAACCAUGGAGGACUUGACCCCUGCCCUCAGCGAGUAUGGCAUCAAUGUGAAGAAGCCGCACUACUUCACCUGAGCCACCCAACCUAAAUGUACUUGUCUGUCCCCUUGUCCCCACACCAGCCUGUUUUCAUAAUAAACUUUAUUGUGACAGGCA